AAGUAUGACAGACUUGUGGUGGAACCGAUCAAGUCACCUAAGCCCAAACCAGAUGUUAAUUCUUUAGUGUUUGGCGCGGAGUUCACAGAUCACAUGCUUAGUGUAGAGUGGACUGCCGUGAAUGGCUGGAGUGAGCCAAAAAUCACACCAUAUCAAAACCUGUCUCUUGCACCAUCAUGUUCAACAUUACACUAUGCACUGGAGGUAAGCUUCACUUACUUCUUUUCGACAAUACAUACUGGUUUUUGCAAUUAUGCUUUUUAGGUGGUAUACCGUGAAAUAUCCCAGUGAUUAGUGACUUGUUUUUUCUAAAGUAGAUGGUUAUAGUAUUAACAAGACGUGUACAAUGAACUAUUAUUAUAUAGAUACUGAUGAAAUACCAGGAUUUUUCCUUUUACUCAAAAAUCAUAUCUUCAUCGCGCACAGUGAAGAUACUAUUUUUAUCUUUCACAUGUGAGGAUAUUGCUGUUGCGAUGGUUACUAACAUGAUAACUAACAUAAUUUUGACUUUUUGGAACAGAAAAUAUAAACUUGUUGUAUUAUUGUCUUUAUUUCUCCUUUAUAACUUUAUAUCUGAGUUUCAUUACAUUUUUGUGACUGGCAUUUUGCGAUAGGUGACCACUUUAAUAUUGCACUAUUUUGCUGUUUCGAAAAUGAAUUAAAAAAGAGUUGUGUUUUAUGUAGGAAUUUCAUCAGUAUCUAUAAAAUAAACAGAACAUUCAUGGCCUCGUGGGGAUACGAAUUUUAUCUUGUCGUGCUGAAAGUAUCUCUCACAAGUGAGUGAAGCGAACCAGUGAGAGAUACUUUGAGCACUGUAAGUUAAAAUUCGUAUCCCCGUGCUGCCAUGUAAUAUCCUCUGUUUAUUUAACUGAAAAAGUUGAUCUUCUCAAUUUUAACUAGUAAUUGAAUACAGCUUUAAUUUUCUUUCUAGCAAUCCAAAAAGUGACUUUAGACUCCUUUAAAUUAUUUUGGGAUGAUUUUUAUACAUUCUUUGUUUUCAGUGUUUUGAAGGCAUGAAGGCAUACAGAGGAGAUGACAACAAGAUAAGAUUAUUCCGCCCCAUGGAAAACAUGAGAAGAUUAAAUAGAUCAGCUGACAGAGCCUGUUUACCUGUAUGUUACUUUGUUAAUGGCUUCCUUAAUAGUUUGUUGCAGUAAUGAUAAGAAUUAUUAAAUUAAUAAAAAUAGUGGCAGUCAAGAUGUUCAAAUCACCAUCAUACAUUGAUUAGUAAGGCCCUUAGGACACCUGUAGCUUUACUUUCCCUUUGUGAUCAAUAUUUAACAAUUAUUGGACUAGGUUGAACAAAAUAUCGUGAUUUGUCUCAGUCUGUGGCGAGCAGAUCAAUUAUUAUUUGCCUAAGCCGAAGGCUGAGGCAAAUAAUUAAUCUGCGAGACACUGACAAAUCGCGAUAUUUUGCGAUAACUGAGUUCAAUAAUUGUUUUAUUAUUCGAUCACCGAGUUUGUUUUUUUAAUGAAUAUUCUCGGGAAGCAAAGCGAUCAGCCAUUUUCACGCAAGAAUGAUCUCAAGAAGGAGAAAAGCACAGUUUUCUGUGCAGAAUUUUAUUUGCAGCCAAACACAGUUGGACGGCAUUGCGCAUGAGCAGACCAUUAUUUGUGGGUAGUUAUUUGCAGGUCAUGUGGUGGGCUCUCAGCCAAUGAAAAGAAAGAAAAGUUUGCAUCGAAUGAUAAUAUGUAUAAUGGCAUUCUUUCCUAAAUAUUUGUUCUAGUACAGUCAAACCCUGCUUUACGGACACACCUCGUUAUUAUAGACAGUUUGCUUUGUCCCUGGGGAAAGAAAACCUUUUUAUUUUCUCUAAAUUCAACCCACUUAGUACAGACACCUCAUUAAUACUUGCACUAAUGGUUGACCCCCUCAGUGUCCUUAUUAACCCUUUAAGUCCUAAAGGUGACUAACAUCAAUUUUCUCCUAACAAUAUCCAUACAUAGUCAAGAGAUAAGGUUAUGAGAAUUAAUAAAAUGAUCGCCAAAAAGAAAAUGCCUCGAUCUUUUGUUUUAUUCUCUCAACUAAUUCUUAAAGGAAAUGUAUAGAGAUCUGUUUGGAGAAUUUGUAUGUGGAUAUUGGGGCUUAAAGAGUUAAGAGGGUUUGACUAUACAGUAUUUAGAAACAGUGUGGUUUUAUUAGGGUAAUGCUUUUAAAGUAAAUGUCAAACAAUGUUUGAAGUGCCAGGAUUUGAUAUUAUAGAUGUAUUCAAUUUAAUUUAUUUUCUUAUGUAUUAGGAUGGCGUAUUUGUAUUUCUCUCAAGCAAAUAAUAUAUAUAUGAUAUCAUUGCUUUAAAAAUGGCAGGGUUUUGAUGGAGAAGAGUUUCUGAAAUGCUUAAGGCACCUUGUGCACAUUGAAAAAGAAUGGGUGCCUUAUUCCAACAAGUGUUCAUUGUACAUUAGGCCAACUCUUAUAGGAACACAGGUAAGUUUCAUUAAACGUUCUUCCUUUGGCUCUCACCUGUUAACCUGCUGAAGGUGGAUUCCCCCUAAAUUUUGGCGGUCAACCUAUUAUUAGCCAAUGAACAGCCUGUGCUACAGAUUGAACUAAAACUUUGGUUAUAAAGUUUGUCUGCGAAAUUGUGCUGAAAUCCUUGUGUUUGUUCUGUGUAUGAGGUUUGAGUAUGUGCUAUGAUUAGCCUGUUGAAAAAGCCAUUGUCAAUUUGCUAGUCAGGUUGAAGGGAAAUUUGAAACACAUUUCCUUCAAUUUGUUGCGUCUGUUGGUCGCCCAGAACAAGGAUAUCAGUGCUGCUUCAGAGAUGUUAUUUAACCAAGGUUAUGUGUAGAUUACAUCUGUGACACAGGCUACCUGAUGAACAAGUUGAUCUAUCCAAGUGUCAGCUUGAUCUUCCUCUCCAUUUUUGUAUUUUUUUUCUUUUUUCAUCUGGUUCAUGUACAUGUAAAAGAUAUAUGAGCAUAUCAUCACACCAAAGAAGACUAUUAUUUAUGACUGAGUUUCUCUAUCAAGAAGGGUUCCUCUACAGCAGUAGAACUAGAGGAGGGGCCUGGGAGAACCCCUCAUUUUUAGACCAAACCCAGGCAUGUAUGAUUAUUAUGGAUAUUUCCUGAUUGCUCGCUACUCCUCACCGCCCCACUUCUCCCUCCAACCUCAAGGUCAGGAUCUGUCAAAUUAAUGAAGUGUCCUUUUAUUAUAAUAAUUACUGUACAUUAUGUUUUUUUUUUCUAAUUUGUGCUUCCUUUUCAUUCAGCCCACACUUGGAGUGAACAAAUCUUCAUCUGCUCUCUUGUAUGUGAUUUUGUCACCUGUGGGACCAUAUUUUAAGACUGGCACAUUCAGCCCUGUUGCCCUCUUGGCAGAUCCAUCAUUCGUCAGAGCCUGGCCUGGUGGCUGUGGUGACUGCAAACUGGGAGGGUGAGGUGGACUGUAAAUUGCACUGCCCUGUGAAAAUUAAUAAAGAUAGUGCUUAAAUAUAACAUUAAUUAGCAAUGUAAAAAUUGUGGGUUUUUGGAGAAUACCCUUGCCCACCCCCUUGUAUUACAGCCAGACUUUUCACUUGAGAUCUGUAAUCUGGGCUACCCUGUGGGUAGAUAUAAGCAGCCCUGAUUUCAGCAUUAAUAAGAGGUUGUAAUAGGACGUUAUGUUUCAUGCCUAAGUAGUUGUGUUUUAAAUUGGAAAAAAGCUUAAAUUGUCACAAAUUUUGUGUUGGUAAGAGAAUUUCAUAUUGUCCAGUUCAGUGUAUAAUCAUACUUGUGAUUUAACAAAUAGGACUCCCGCUAAUGUGGUUGUCCGAUUAAAUUGUGAACCACUCAUAUGAUUAUGAUUAUAAGCAAUUAUUGGAGGAGGUUUUUGUGAUAUCCAGAAUAAUCAAAGUUGAGGUAGGGGUUAUCAGCUGAAAAUUCACUGUACGCUUUUGGCCAAUCAGAAAAGAGAUAGUGAGUUGCAUGUAUAAUAACAGACCAAACUGGACUUCACGUAGUCUUAAUACCAUUAUUAAUACCUAUCAUUUACUUUACCAAUGAACAGAAAUUAUGGUCCUACAAUCCUUGCCCAGCGACAUGCAGAAAUGCAGGGAUUACAACAGGUGCUAUGGCUGUUUGGUGAGGAACGGCAGGUG